UAUGGUAACUAAAGCAGACCGAUGUGGAUAUUUACCGGAUCGAACAGAACCAUUUAUCAGAUGGGGUCGAGAUAUCGCAAUUUUCAGAGAUACCAAACUCUUAGAAUUUGAGAAGAUUCUACAUACAACAAUUUCUUUUACAUUUAGAUAUUCGCUAGAUUCAUUUAUCAUAUAUGGACAAGCAGUAGAUCCACCAGAUCCUCGAUACCUUACACAUUUCGGGGAAUCAACAAUCGAAGUUUUUAUUGAUACUGGCGGUGUACGUGAACGAUGCGGUUCAAGCAAAUUAAAAGAUGUCUUAUCCUUUAGUAAAUCAUUAUUUGGAGCAGGUCCUCAGAAAAAAUAUUAUUUAUUCAAUAUAACAUCUAAAUGUGAUUAUAAUUUAUGGAGUCAAUCAGCUUUUGAAAGAUAUAUGAAAAGUACCAAAAGGCAUGAGCUAGUAAUUGAUCUGAGACUGGGAGAACUUGAUCUUCCAUUCCAAUCCAUCUUUUGCGAUCUGAAAAUAUUUGGUUGUGGCUAUACCCAGUAUUUAGAUAAGAAAAGUGGAAAGUGCAAGAUGUGCAAUUGCGAUGAUUGCGAUAUUUCGAAUGGAAUAUGUACUCAUGACUGUCACACUGGCUUUAAAAAAAAUGAAAAUGGAUUAUGUAAUAUACGCUGUAAUAAAUCUUAUGGAAAACAUUGUAGUAAAAUUUGCAAAUGCCUACAUGGUACAUGCGAUGUACAUGGCUAUUGCCCAGAUGAUCAGUGCGAACAGUAUUAUUACAAUAUUGAUUGUUCCAUAAAAUACGAUAAUCCGAAAUUUUGCGUUAAGGAUGAUUACUUUAAAGUUGUUACAACUGGCGAUACUUGGACUGUAUUUCAAUGGUGGGGAUUAUGCAACAUUCCAGAAAAAUUAAUAGAAAACUAUUUAGUAUUUGAGCUUUAUUAUCGAUCGGUAAAUGAGGAAAAUUGGAAAAGAGGUUAUGAAAUUCAAAUUGAUGGUGAACAGUUUAAUAAAUCUCAUACAGCUAAUAUAACAUCUCUUCAACGUUUCACUACGUACAAAAUAAGAUUAGAUAUUUUUCUUUAUGACAAUUUGAGUAAAAAGAUUUUGAGAAGUGAAACUCAAACAUUUAAAACACUAAAAUGCUAUGCACCUACUUUACCCAAAAUUACAAAUAUUACUGAUUUUGAAACCGAUGAACUUGGUGGAAAGGAUUUAACUAUAGAAUGGAAAUAUAAUUCGUCUAGCCAUGUGAAUAGUCAUUGUAAUGUUAAAAAGAUUGAAUUUAAAAUAAUCAAGUGGAAUUCAGGAAAUGCUUCUAAUAUCAUACGAGUAGUUUCUGUAAACAGAACAUCUUUAGAGAUCUAUUCUUUACAAAAAGGACUAUACAUAAUUGAAUUUUCUGUCCUAUUCGGAAUCAAUAAGAGAACUGAAUUUAUUCGUCAUCCAAAAGUUGUAGAAAUUCUUGCUGACACUGGUAAUUCUACUCUUACAACUCAAGUUCCAUAUAUUACGGCAGGAGAGAAUAAAAUUUCACCCGGUAGCGUUGGAAGCAUAGGCAUCGUUGCUAUUCUUGGAAGUAUCCUGUUAGUAGUUGCUAUUUUGAUAUUCCUCUUUAUGAUUCUAAAAAGGAGAAGGGAUCUGAAAAAGAAAAGAGAUGUUUCGCUACAUUAUAAGGUAGAGCAUUGUGACGAACAGUCCAAGUUGGCUGAAAGUUUCGUUGACGAAGCGGAUCACAGUGCUCAAAUGGAAGCAAAUGAAAAACCACCUUUAAAUUUUAUGGAAAUAGAACAACUAAAAGAUGUUAUUAAUGAGAAAGCCAAAAAUGAUGGAGAGGGAUUUAUGAAAGAAUAUGAGUCUAUACCGAGAACGUUUUACUUUUCGUCCGAAAUUGGUCGAAAGAUGUCUAAUAAACAUAAGAAUAAAUUCAAUAAUAUUAUUCCUUACGAUCAAUCAAGAGUUAUUCUAGAAGCCAUACCGGAUGUUGAAGAUUCAGAUUAUAUAAAUGCCAAUUGGAUAACUGGUUAUGGAGAAAGCAUUUCCGAUGAGAAACCAUUUAGCUAUAUUGCCUCUCAAGGUGCCAAUAAAUUUACAACUCAAGAUAUUUGGGCUAUGGUUUGGCAGGUGAAUGCCAAAGUUCUUGUUAUGUUGACAAACAUAAUUGAAGGAGGAAAACGUAAAUGUGAAUUAUAUUGGCCAGAAGAGGAUGAGAAACAGUAUGGUAAUAUUAAAGUAAAACUCGAAUCCAACAUUUCUACUGUACACUAUGUUAUAAGAACAUUUAAAUUGACGAAGGAUGAUAAGGAGAGAACUAUCAAACAUUUCCAUUAUACAACAUGGCCUGAUCACGGUGUGCCAACAUCGGCAGUGCCACUUAUAGAAUUUCAUAGAAAAGUUCGAGAAUAUGAGCCAUCAAAACCUCUAGUCAUUCAUUGCUCUGCUGGUGUUGGAAGAACCGGAGCGUUUAUAUCUCUAGAUUAUCUUCUUAAGCAAUCAGACGCCGAGAAUGGUGUCGAUGUCUCUGAAUUAGUUUGGAAAAUGAGACAAUGUAGAGUUCACAUGGUACAAACAGCCGAGCAAUAUAUGUUUAUUUAUCGCGCCAUAUACGAAGCAAUCCAAUGGAAAGAUAGUUUUAUAAAAUGUAGCGAAUUCGCAGAGACUUAUUUUAAGUUACAAAUUAAAAAUGCUAUUGGUAAAACUGAAAUUGAGACUGAAUUCGAAAAAUUACAAGCUAUGAACAAAGAUGAUAGUAAUAAUUUUACACAAGGUGGAUUAUUAGAAAAUAUUGAAAAGAAUAGGCUGAAAAAUGUCUUACCAGCUGACAAUUAUCGACCGUAUCUCUUACUUAGGAUGGAUGGUUGUAACGAUUAUAUAAAUGCUGUAAUUUUCGAUGGAGUUUAUACAAAAAAUGCUUACGCUAUAACUCAAAUGCCUCUUCCAAAUACUGAUGUCGACCUAUGGAGAAUGGUUGUUGAUCAUAACUUUUCAACAAUAGUCAUGCUAAACGAUCCUAGACCGGAUGAUGAAAGUUAUGGACAUUAUGUACCAAUAGAAGAGAAAAGUUGGGUCAGAGGACCAUUGGAAGUGUCAUUUAACAGUCAAGCUAAUAUAGAUCCCUCUUUAACAAUCAGAGACCUAACUGUAAAAGUAACCAAAGAGGAAAAAACAAAAGAAAUGAAAAUAAAACAUUUCCAAUUUUAUCAUUGGCCAACUGAGAAUAAUAUAAUAUCUAAUCAAAAAUUCAAAGAUAAUAUACUUAAUUUAAUUAAACAAAUUAACGUUUGGCGAUCUAAAAUUGACAAAGAAAAUAAACGACCAGUCGUUUUUCAAUGCCAUGAUGGAUUCAAACAAAGCGGUCUAGUCUUAGCAGUAACUAUACUCUUAGAGAAAAUUCAAGUGCAAAAAGACGUUGAUGUACCUUACGUUGUCAGAGAACUAAGGUUAAGACGUCCAGAACUCAUUUGCGACUUGGAUCAAUAUAAAUUCCUUUACGAAAUUGUCAAACAGUAUUUAGAAGAGUCUGAAGUAUAA